ACUAAUUCAGUAGUGCCUUGUGCUUCCUAGGUCAGACUUUUAGUUUUAGAGAAUUACUCCAAAUUCAUAAUGAUUGAAGACAAUAAGGAGAACAAAGACCACUCCUUAGAAAGGGGAAGAGCAAGUCUCAUUUUUUCCUUAAAGAAUGAAGUUGGUGGACUUAUAAAAGCCUUGAAAAUCUUUCAGGAGAAGCAUGUGAAUCUGUUACACAUUGAGUCCCGAAAAUCAAGAAGAAGAAACUCAGAAUUUGAGAUUUUUGUUGACUGUGACAUCAACAGAGAACAACUGAAUGAUAUUUUUCAUCUGCUGAAGUCUCAUACCAAUGUUCUCUCUGUGAAUCCACCAGAUAAUUUUACUGUGAAGGAAGAUGGUAUGGAAACUGUUCCUUGGUUUCCUAAGAAGAUUUCUGACCUGGACCAUUGUGCCAACAGAGUUCUGAUGUAUGGAUCUGAACUAGAUGCAGACCAUCCUGGCUUCAAAGACAAUGUCUACCGUAAACGUCGAAAGUAUUUUGCGGACUUGGCUAUGAACUAUAAACACGGAGAUCCCAUUCCAAAGGUUGAAUUCACUGAGGAGGAAAUUAAGACCUGGGGAACCGUAUUCCAAGAGCUCAACAAACUCUACCCAACCCAUGCUUGCAGAGAGUAUCUCAAAAAUUUACCUUUGCUUUCUAAAUAUUGUGGGUAUCGGGAGGAUAAUAUCCCACAAUUGGAAGAUGUCUCAAACUUUUUAAAAGAGCGUACAGGUUUUUCUAUCCGUCCUGUAGCUGGUUACUUAUCACCGAGAGAUUUCUUAUCAGGUUUAGCCUUUCGAGUUUUUCACUGCACUCAAUAUGUGAGACACAGUUCAGAUCCCUUCUAUACCCCAGAGCCAGAUACCUGCCAUGAACUCUUAGGUCAUGUCCCGCUUUUGGCUGAACCUAGUUUUGCCCAAUUCUCCCAAGAAAUUGGCUUGGCUUCUCUUGGAGCUUCAGAGGAGGCUGUUCAAAAACUGGCAACGUGCUACUUUUUCACUGUGGAGUUUGGUCUAUGUAAACAAGAUGGACAGCUAAGGGUCUUUGGCGCUGGCUUACUUUCUUCUAUCAGUGAACUCAAACAUGCACUUUCUGGACAUGCCAAAGUAAAGCCCUUUGAUCCCAAGAUUACCUGCAAACAGGAAUGUCUUAUCACAACUUUUCAGGAUGUCUACUUUGUAUCUGAAAGCUUUGAAGAUGCAAAGGAGAAGAUGAGAGAAUUUACCAAAACAAUUAAGCGUCCAUUUGGAGUGAAGUAUAAUCCAUAUACACGGAGUAUUCAGAUCCUGAAAGAUACCAAGAGCAUAACCAAUGCCAUGAAUGAGCUGCAGCAUGAUCUUCAUGUUGUCAGUGAUGCGCUUGCUAAGGUCAGCAGGAAGCCAAGUAUCUAACAGUAGCCAGUCCUAAUCCAGGAGCAUUUGAGCAUCAACU